UAUUUUCUGUUAAAAUAGAAAAACACAUUGGCUUCUUCUUGAACACAUUUCCAGUGAAUAUUUGUAUAUUAGAGAUAGAAGCAGAGAAGGAGAGAGUAAGAACCAGUAGAAAAAGAAAAAGAGCAAAGAGCAGAGGUAGAUCUGGUUCUAGUUGAGUUUUGGAUUUGUUGAAGUUGUAUAUCCAUGGCUUCCAAGUUGGUGUUGAUUUCAGUCUUCAUCUUGGACAUCAUUGCUUUUGGUUUGGCCAUUGGUGCUGAGCAGAGGAGAAGCACUGCCACAAUUGUCAAAGAUAAUCAACAAGACUAUGAUUACUGUGUUUAUGACUCGGACAUUUCAACGGGCUUGGGUGUGGGUGCGCUUUUGUUCCUCUUGGCAAGUCAAGCCCUUAUAAUGGUGUCAAGCCAAUGCUUCUGCUGUGGAAAGCCUUUGAGUCCUGGAGGUUCAAGAGCCUGGGCAGUUAUUCUCUUCAUUAUCUGCUGGUUGUUUUUCUUGAUUGCCGAGAUUUGCUUGCUAGCUGGCUCAGUUAGAAAUGCCUACCACACAAAGUACAGAGGAAUCAUAGGUGGAGAUUCUUUCUCCUGCUCAACCUUGAGAAAGGGAGUUUUUGGGGCAGGGGCAGCAUUCAUUUUCUUCACUGCCAUAGUGUCUGAGUUUUACUAUGUUUUCUAUUCCAAGGCCAGGGAAAGCUUCCAGCAAUAUGGUAGAGAGCCUGCUGUCGGUAUGGGAACCUACAAAUGAGCUUUGUUAAGGUCAUCAGUUCAUGAUCGUUACUUUGCAAAUAGAUGUGACCGUGUGGGCUCUUUGAUUUGCACAGUCCAUUGCCUGUGUUUGAGUUUCAUCUCAUGUAGUAGGUGUUCAAUUUAGUUGGAUAUAGCUUGUAUUCUAAGUUGAUUUUCACGAUAUUUUUUCCCCUUGCAUGCUGCGUAUUUUUUGGACUGUCAUAUGCAUAUAUCAAUAAUAGAAAGCCAUUGCUUGUGUUCACAUGUCAA